CAUGGCGACACGAUGGUGCGGAGGAAAAGGGAUCACGCUGACUUUUAUUCUGCUGCUGUGGCCCGGAGAGUGCGCGAACGCGGCGGAAGCGGCGGCCGAGGCCGGAAGCGAGAGCCGCAUCCUCGGCGUGCGCUUGGAGAGAAGCGACAAGCCGGCGGCGACCACCGAUGACGGGAUCAUCCAGGUGACGGAGGAGAGCAACAUCUCGCUCAGGCUGUACGGUCUGCGCAUCGGCAAUGACACUUGGUCGCAGGUGAAGUUCGUGGAGGUCGGGGACGACAGCGAGCACUCUCAGAGCGGUGAGAGAUUUAACAGGACUUGCACUGAUUUCACCAAAGACAUCAUUAUUCUAAGUGGCGUGAACGUGUCCCGCCAGGGGACCUCGGGGGUCCUGAGUGUAAAGAUCAAGCUGCUGAGGAAAAGUGAGGCGCAGAGGGAUUACGCGCUGUGCAUCAGGAACGACCAGGAUGCCAGGUGGUACCUUCUGGGAGACAACGAUGGUAGGAUACGUGUGGUGGAGGAGAAAAAGUCCAUGCUUCCACUGUGGCUUCAGGUCAUCCUGAUCUGCUUCCUCCUGGUGCUGUCUGGCAUGUUUAGCGGUCUCAACCUGGGGCUGAUGGCUCUGGAUCCCAUGGAGCUCCGGAUCGUUCAGAGCUGCGGCACGGACAAGGAGAAAAAGUACGCCAGGAAGAUCGAACCCAUCCGAAGAGAAGGGAACUACCUGUUGUGCUCGCUCCUUCUCGGGAACGUGUUGGUCAACACGACUCUGACCAUCCUCCUGGACGAUCUCAUAGGUUCAGGGCUCGGGGCCGUCGUUGCUUCCACCAUCGGCAUCGUCAUAUUCGGUGAGAUCGUCCCACAGGCGCUGUGUUCUCGCCACGGCCUGGCAGUCGGCGCCAACACCAUCCUGGUCACCAAAUUCUUCAUGCUGGUCACCUUCCCGCUCUCGUACCCCGUCAGCAAACUCCUGGACUGCGUUUUGGGUCAGGAGAUCGGCACCGUGUACAACCGGGAGAAGCUUGUAGAGAUGCUGAAGGUCACUGAGCCGUAUAACGACCUGGUCAAAGAGGAGCUGAAUAUGAUCCAGGGUGCUUUGGAGCUCAGGACUAAAACAGUCGAGGAUGUCAUGACGCCGCUUUCGAACUGUUUCAUGAUUCACAGCGACGCCGUGUUGGACUUCAACACCAUGUCGGAGAUCAUGGAGAGCGGCUACACGCGCAUCCCUGUGUACGAGGAGGAGCGCACUAACAUAGUGGACAUCCUGUUUGUGAAGGACCUGGCCUUCGUGGAUCCAGACGACUGCACGACCCUGAAGACCAUCACCAAGUUUUAUAACCACCCCGUCCACUUCGUGUUCCACGACACCAAGCUGGAUUCCAUGCUGGAGGAAUUUAAGAAAGGUAAGUCCCAUUUGGCUAUCGUUCAGAAGGUGAAUAAUGAAGGCGAGGGCGAUCCGUUUUACGAGGUGCUGGGAUUGGUGACUUUGGAGGACGUCAUUGAAGAGAUCAUAAAAUCAGAGAUCCUGGAUGAGUCUGACCUUUACACUGACAAUCGGAACAGAAAAAAGGUGGCGCCCAAUAAAAACAAGCGGGACUUCUCUGCCUUUAAGCACGAGAGCGAAUCUAAAGUUAAAAUCUCUCCUCAGCUGCUGUUGGCUGCCCACAGAUUCCUUGCCACAGAAGUUAAUUUAUUCAACCAAACUCAGAUCUCUGAGAAGGUCCUGUUGAGGAUCUUGAGGCACCCCGAUGUUAUUCAGGAGAUCAAAUUUAACGAGAACGACAAACGGUCAGCUCAUCAUUACGUCUACGUGCGUGGCAAACCUGUCGACUACUUCGUCCUCAUACUGCAGGGUCGUGUGGAGGUCGAGGCUGGUAAUGAGAAUAUGAAGUUUGAGACGGGGCCCUUCUCCUACUACGGUGUCAUGGCACUUACUGCCACAUUAGCUCCAUCGUGUCUUAGGGCUCCUCCUUUCCUCAAUCCCUCGAGGAAAGUUUCUCGUCCUCGUCACCUCUCUCUAAUGAGGUAUUCUUUCUUCUCCCGUUUUCCAGAGUUCCGUUCACCGUCUCACAUCAGCGGUCUAAACCGGUCAGCGUCUCUUAACUACACGGAUCGCUCAGAGUCCCAGUCCAUCAGUGGCAGCAACACGCAGCUGAACAGCUCCCCCUCUGCGCAGUAUGUCCCUGACUUCAACAUGCGUGCGCUGACGGACCUGCAGAUCGUCAAGGUCACUCGUUCGCAGUAUCAGAACGGUCUGAUGGCGUCCCGGCUGGACAAUUCCCCCCAGUCUCCAGACAGCGGUCAGAUGCGCACGGAGAACAUCACACCCGCAGUGUCUCACUCUCCAUCCGACAACACGCUCACGCUCCCCAUGACGGACACGCCGCCGGACGAACACACAUCGCUCCUGAACGAGCAGAACUGCUUGUCCGCGCGCCAGACCAAUCACAGCACGCACAGCGAGAUCUGAACCUCACCCACAGCUUUUCUAACAGCAUGCCUAGAGACCACCGUCAAAUACACACUACUUUAUAUCCACACGAUUUUCAACCUGAUUAAUGGAAAUGGCAGAUGUCCGAAUUACAGACCCAUACACCAACAUAGUAUACUUGUCUACAGUCCGAUCACAUGUCUACAGUCGUAUCAUUUUAAGCUGCCAAAAAAAAAUAAAGGGCAAGAACUGGACGGAGAAAGUAAUAAAAAAAAAUAAAAAAAAAGGCGUGAUUGCACUGAGAAAUUAUGUCUGGAUUAUCGAGCACCUGGACCGAGUAGUUCUUGAGCUAAAAAUCCAUCUGGGCAUUUUAAUUUUGUUUUAAAGAAAGAAUUUAUGUUUAAAAACCAAAUGUUUUUUUUUCUUUAUGUCAAAAUAUCGUCAUCAAAUUUUACAUUCGAGUUAAAUAAAAGUCAAGUAAGACCAUAGAUUAAAGGAAUACUCCAGCGUUUUUCAGUCUAAUCUCUAUCCAGUACAGAUGUAGCAUACGCAACGAGAUGCCCACUGAUAAGAAUUUUGAUACAAACAGUAAAAUUGUGAACGUCUUAAACUUUUUCUUUUUUUUUAUUCAAUAAUAAUUUUUAAUACAGGGAAAUGCGUCACCAUUCCUGUCUUUAGUAAUCAUGACUACGAUACACAUGCCGUAGGAAGAGAUCAGCUUAUAAGCACUGAACUGUUUCUUUGAGAAGGUUGUGUGUGUGUGUGUGUGUGUGUCUGUGUUUUCAUGCUCAGUUGUAUUAAAGAAUUACCAUCUUUUAUCAUAAUCACACCAAAAUCCAAGAUGUAUCUCAGGGAGACACUAAGCACCACGUGUUUAAUCUAUAUGUUAAACUUUUUUUUUUUUCGCUAUACAACUAUAGAACAAGUGACCAAAAGAAACCCCAAAGCAUGUUGAAAUUUCAUCUCGUUUCGUGUCCGUGUAUUCUCAUACUGUAAGUGAACUUUCUAAUGUUUUUUGUUUGUUUGUUUAUUUUUUUGGACCAGUGUCUGGUCUUCUGUUCAUGAUUAAGUGAAUCACUGUAAAGUGAAACACUGUGUAUAUGUGACUAUGAGUCUAGUUGUGGUUUUGCAAUGACUCCAUAAUUGUGUUUUGUUUUUGUUUUUUUGUAAACUUUAAAGUGAGCAAGACCGUAUCGGAGAAAGUGGACUAGUUUCCUGUUUCAGAGGAAAGCGUCUUGCAUAACUGAGCUUUAAGACGUUGUGGUUCAAAUAUUGAACCUGAGGUUUAACCCAUCAGAAAUAUAUAUAUAAAUAUAUACAUACUGUAUUUAUUUGACAUAUAAAUUCAAGUUGUAUAUUUUUGUGAGAUGUACAUUUUUUUUUUUAUUGAAUGUUAUGGUUAUUGCCUUCAGAACAUGUUUUAGAUCAACACCAGGGUACUGAAUCAUCUGUGUCCCAAUUCUGGUCCAGAAUUAGUUGCAUCCAAGCCAAAAGAGUCUUUAUUUAAACAAAAUUGGGUCAGAAGAGUCUUGGAAAUUAUAGUUUAUUUAUUAGGGUGCAUUAAAAAAUGCAUCAUUUUGAUUGUUGAAACAUGCUUCCACUCUACGAAUGCAUGCAAUAUCAAGGAAUAAACAUUGUGGCCAAAUUUAAUAUAUUAGGGUAUAUAUUUACUGGGUCAACUAGCUUAGCAUUUGCAAUACAAUAUUUAAGUUUCGACAAUUUAGCAUUAUUGCGCUCUAGAAACGUUAUGAAACUUGUUAGUGGUGUUCUGAUCUGGCGACAUCAAGGUAGUCAACAUUAGACAUGAAGUCACCCUCUUCGCAGUCAUUUCUGACAUUUGGGGGAGCCGUCAUCUUCAAGGCCAGAUAUGAUGCCUGACCUGGCCAAAAGACCUCAUGAUGUUGCAUGAAACCAACAUCCAUAUUAAGAAGCUUGAAGAGCAGCCACGAGUCAUUGGUGACCAAAUCACCAAGCCGAGU